AAAUAAUACGGAAGAAGCUGUGUCUAGGAACAAAAAAAAUGCCAUGGAAGAUGUCGGGUUGUAUAUAGAGGUCUUCCUUAAAAAAUAGCGGUAUUUUCUUAUUCAGGAUGAGGUAGAGAUUAUGUAAAGUAUACUAGACUAUCCGUUACACACUAGUUUGUAUUCCCGAACGUUGCAAGCGAGCCAAAAAACAUUUAGGUGAUAGCAGUCGGGCUCCUUUGCUGAUCAUCGUAAGCCGUACAUAAUGGCCAAGCUGGAGCGACUGAACGCCCGUGUGGCAAAGCUGUUGACCGUGGCGGUGCAGGAGGUGCUGGAGGUGGUGAAGGAGACGGUGUCGGAGUACCAAGACAAAACCGCCCGAACCCAGAGGGAAAACGAGAGCCUGAAGAGGAGACUACAGGAACUCCAGGACAAGUUGCUUCAAGACGACGCGGAUCGCAUCGCUGCCCUGUCUGUGUGUUUGAAUAAAACCACCCAACAUGAAAGAGCAAAGGAUGAAAUUCCUGGUGGGGGACCAGAACCGAAACUAUCUCCAGCCCAGCCGGAGGAGGAGGAGGAACGAAAGGAGGAUUUGAUAUUCUCCAGGGACUCGGAUGGGGCCUACUGGAUCCCUGAUGAGGAUCAGGACGAUUCCAUGACCCAAAUGAUCUCCAACUCCACGUCCGUGAGUUCUCCAUGUUCUUCGAUGCCGCAACCAGUAAAGAGAGAGUCUGAUGCGCUACAGGAUCCAGGCUCACCUGGGCAGGUGAAUCAGCGGGAAAUGUUCCAGUGUGGAGUUGCGAGAGGCAGAUCACAGGACAGUGGGGGUCCAGUUGGCGAGCCGGAGGACCCGGGCAUGGCUGACAUGGGACGCUACUCCCUCGAGGCCAAAGAAGAGAUGGAUGAUGAUGAUGUAGCAGCCAAUCAGGAGUCAUAUCCUUUCUUGGGUUCUACUGGUGCUCUCCCCUACGAGGCCUCUGCCAGACUGAAGUCCAUUGUCGGCUCCUUCCUCCAGCAGCAGAAACGCCAUGGACCCAAUCUCGACCCAGGCCCGUCUAACAAACCCAUUCCUCAGACCGACCCGAUGUCCAAUCAAAACUGCUCUGUCAUCCCUAUGCCAUAUCACAACAGUUCUACUGGCCCUCCUUUAAACCGUUUCCCUGGAGACAGUCGUCCUGGUUCUCCAACCCUUUUCACCCCGCAGCAGAUCAAAACCGAGCCUGAUUGGGCUCAGUCGGGUCCACCAGGUUACUUCCAUGAACCCCCAUCCUGUUUCGGAUCAGAACCCUUUGCUCUGAACCACACCGGGGCAGAAGAACCCUUUGACUGGGCUGGCUCUGACCUAAACCCACUAUCCUGUGAACCAGCCAAAGCAGCUGCUAGUCAGCCAGGGAGCAGCACGUUACAGACAGCAGUGGGUCAACCCAAGCGGUAUUGCUGUACGCUCUGUGGCCGCUCAUUCAAACAUGCUGGAGACUUCAAGAAGCACCACCGGGUCCACACUGGGGAAAAACCUUAUUGCUGCUCAGUGUGUGGCAAGCGAUUCAGCCAGUCGGGCUACCUGAAAAUCCACCUCCGCUACCACACUGGGGAAAAGCCUUACUGCUGCCCGGUGUGUGGAAAGUCCUUCAGCCAUUCUGGCUACCUGAAGAUCCACCUCCGCUACCACACUGGGGAGAAACCAUACACCUGUGAACACUGUGGCAAGGGCUUCAGCCACUCCAGUAACCUCAAGAAACACAAGCUCACCCAUCAGGCAGUGGUCGAGGUUCUGGAGGUGGUGAAGGAGACGGUUUCGGAGUACCAGGAGAAAACCGCCCGAACCCAGAGAGAAAACGAGAGUCUGAAAAGGAGACUACAGGAACUCCAGGACAAGUUGCUCAAAGAGGACGCAGAUCGCAACUCUUCACUGUCGGAGUGCUUAAGUAAAACCAGCCAAUAUGAAAUACCAAAGAAUGAGAUUCACGAGGUGGAACCAGAACCAAAGCUGUCUCCAACACACGAAGAGGAGGAGGAGAGGAAGGAGGAGGUGUUGUACACGAGGGACUUGGACCAAGCCGCCUGCGUCAGUUUCCCUGGUCUUGUCACUGACCGCUUGUCUAACGGAACGAACGCCACCAUGACGGGUAACAUGUCUUACUGGCUAUCUGGCGAGGAGCCGAACAACCCCAUGACCCACAUGACCUCCACGUCCGUACACCCAACCUGCUCUCUGACGCUCCCGCCCAUCAAAACGGAGCCUGACACCCUGGACGACGCACGGGGCAGCGGGGGGAGCGGCGUACCACCGCACGCCGCGCCACAGGACCCCGUCGCGGACGACCCGGCCAAUUACGCCGAGUCCAGCGGCCUCAGCUCCUUCGUCAACUCCUUCCAGUUCGAGUGUCCCCAGGAGCUGGCCCCCGGGGGCCCGGCGGCCGGGGGGACUGCGGCGGGGGGCCCCGGCCGAUGGGGGGGCGGCGGGCGACCGGACGAGACCUACAACUGCUCGUUGUGCGGGAAGACCUUCAACCGCAUGGGGAACCUGCGCAGCCACCUGCGCUGCCACACGGGAGAGAAGCCGUACGGCUGCCAGCACUGCGGCAAACUGUUCAGUCACAUAGGGAACCUCCAGAAGCACACGCGCAUCCACACCGGGGAGCGGCCCUACGCGUGCCUGCGCUGCGGGAAGCGCUUCAGCCAGUCCAGCCACCUGAAGAAGCACCAGCGCAUCCACACGGGGGAGAAGCCCUACUACUGCAGCCACUGUGGCAAGAACUUCAGCCGCCGAGAGAACCUCAAACGCCACCAGAAGAUUCACCAACAGCGACACCCGGCCUUCAGGAAGCAGUGAUGGUUCCCCUAGUGCUGGGCCACAUUCUGGUAUAGGUAUAGGAAUUCUGGUAUAGGAAUCCUGGUCGUCCAGAGCCUGGAACAAAAGCCCCUUUCUCUAUCAGCGCGCCCACCCGUGUGGGCCGGUUUUCCAUACAAACUUGUAUCUGGGGUGCACAAAGGUUGAACACUCUCCCGCCUCGUUCCCGUUUUACUGAUGGCACGAUACUCCACGAUGGGCUUAAACUGUCUUUGGCAUGGUUAACAGCAACGCUUUCUACUGCCACCGCCCAAGGCAUUGGCGAAGCAAAUCGUGACAUGAUUCAAACCUUAGUUCUGAACACGGCUGAGAAAGACUCUGGUUCUAGCUGAUGAAAAAGAGUCAAAGGUGUCUUUAUGUGGAUUUGUGUUGUGGAUCACGAGGACAGGAAGCAAGGCCUCAAAAGUUACCUAUUUAAUCUACUACAAGCCCUAACUUCUAAACCCUGACCCUGAACCUUAACCUCUGACUAGAAUACAGAAUCUAACCAUAACUCAUGACUAGGGCUGUAACGAUACGCGUAUCGAAACCGAAAUCGCGACACUCAAAGCCACGAACCUGUCUCGCGUGUGAGAAGGCAGAAGCGCGAUACGCCCUUUCUAACUCUCCGGUCAAAAUGUCAGAUUGAAAUGUUCUAAUAAUAUGUCUAAAUAAUAGUCUGCUGACACCGCUCCUCUUAUCGAUGCCGCAAGUCUGCGACGAGAUGCCCUCUCUGUGAUGACAGCUCUCCGUGGCUACGGUGGAUUGCAUUUCUCCACAGUCGUCGAAGUCCUCACAUGCGAUAUGAACGACAUUUAUCAAGAGUUGGCCAAGCGCGAAAAAAAUAGCCUGUGUGAUCCCUGUCUCUAUUGUUUUGUGUGAUUUGACCGGCAGUUGGUCUGCGGAAUGAAGCGGCCACCGAUUAUUGACAGGAUGGGUAAUUUAUUCUACCAGACUCGUUAGUUUCUUCAAUAGACACACACGCUACCACUCGUUCUCCUCGCUCGUCCACUCACUCGCUGACGUCACUCACACACGCACACUGCCAUUCUCGCACACACACAUACGCUACUCGUAACACUAUGCCUCGUUAUGCAACGUUCAUGUUUUUUCCCAUCUAUUUGAAAAUUAGGCUAUUAAACUUGUUGCAUUCUAUACGGCCUGAUUAUGUCAUUAUUUAAGCUACAUAGCCUAAUAAGAAGCGCUAUAGAAUAUUUGACCAAACCACCAAACUGGUUUUUGCCUACCUGCAAGCAUCCUCCAACUGCAAUCUUUGGUUAUAUAUUUAUUAAUUUAGCUUUAGCAAUAUUCUUUCUGUUCAAAUCAGUUCAGUGUUCCAAAUUAUUUGUUAUUACAUUUUACAUUAAGUUAAUUGUUAUAUAAGUGUUAAAUAAAAUGCUUCUUAAAUUUAAAAAAAUCGUGGGAUGUAUCGAACCGUGGGUCAAAAAUCGUGAUACAAACCGAAUCGUCAGUUUGUGUAUCGUUACAGCCCUACUCAUGACUCAUAGCCUAACACUAUGACGUAACCCGUAACGUCUCGUCCUGACCCUAAGUUUUAUUUUGUGCUAACAAGGCACAUGCUUCAGUUCUAAAUUCACGGGAAUUUUACCCUUACUGUAUUACAUUGCAACAUGUACUGUACUGCUCCCUAUACUGUACUGCGCUACCCGACUGAUUUUAAGCUAGAGGUCUUGACUAGGCUCAAUGGGCUGACCUAGCGGAACAGACCUUUGAGUGAUAGGGUCAGAGACAAUUUUCCAAUUUGUGAACUUUUUUUUAAUCCAUUUUAUAUCAGAUAAUCCACACAAGCUCACAAAAUACAAAAUCUACUCAAAAGAUAACAUGACAAACAUUGUGAAGAUAGGUUUAAAAAGCAGCAUCUAUGUUUACGUUAAGGAACAAAGCCCGUCCCUCUAGUUGUGUGUGUGGUUAAUAUAUGACUUGUUAUCAUCUUUACGAAUGGAGGUAAGUAUUUGAUUUAAUUAAACGACUAGGCUUAAUCAAACGCA